AUGAUGAACGGUUCAUAUGAUACUUCUAAAUUUGUUGUCCGUCUUCGUGGUUUGCCAUGGAAUACAAGUCAAAGUGAAGUGAUAAAGUUUCUAGGGGGUUGUAAAAUUCGACGACUACAAUUCGUAACAAAUGAUCAAGGUCGAUCAACUGGUGAAUGUUUUGUGAUUCUUGAAACAAAAGAAGAUGUCAAUUUAGCGAAAAGCUUCGAUAAAAAUAUGUUGGGAACUCGUUAUAUUGAAAUAUUCGAAUCUAAUCAUGAUGCAAUGUCUGAUAUGUUGAGAAAAUACAAUAGUGAUUAUAAUGCGAAUCAUCCGCCAAAUCCAGAAAAUAAUUUGUCAAGUAAUGAUAAUUGGCAAGAACCUGCUGUUCGUUUACGUGGCUUACCGUAUCAUGCAACGAAAAGUGAUAUCAGCAAAUUCUUUGAUGGACUCGACAUAGCUCAGAAUGGUAUUCACAUCUCCUCGAGCAAACCAGCAGGCGAGGCUUUCGUCGCUUUUGUGAACAUGGACAAUGCCCUACGAGCUUUGGAAUUCAACCGCAUGAAUAUGGGGCAUCGUUAUAUUGAAGUAUUCAAAUCAACUUAUGGUGAAGCACGUGCAUCAAUUCUUAACGAUACACAAAUGAUGGUACGACAAAAAACGGGCGGUCCAGUGCAACGACAAGGAAGUGAUACAAAUAAUACUGGAAAUAAUAAUAAUAAUAAUAAUAAUAAUAAUAAUAAUAAUAAUAAUGAUAAUAGUUGUAAUAUUAAUCAAUACAGUAAUAUUCCACCAGCUUCAAAUAAUUAUAAUAUAGAUACAAGAAAUGGAAACAAUUAUCCAAUGGUUCAUAAUGAAAGUGGACCUGUUAAACGAUCAUUGUGUGCAUCGUUUACAAUGAAAUUACGUGGUGUACCAUUUGAAGCUACUGAACAAGAUGUUUAUGAUUUUUUCAAUCCGAUUAUGCCGAUUCGAGUUGAACAGGAAAAUGCUGUACGUAUUAGGGCAAGCACAUGGUACGUUGAAUUUGGUUCGCGUGAAGAAGCAAAUGAAGCCAUGACAUAUGACAGAAAAUAUAUGGGAUCACGAUAUAUUGAAUUGCUACCAUUGUAUGAUGAUAGUACACGAUCGAAAAGGAAUCGUAAUUAA